UUAAGCUUUGCAAGCAACUACGAUUUCCCUGCUUUCCCUUCGUCCACCAUGACGCUGAAGUUCCCUUGGAUUUUUCUAAUCGUCGUUUGCUGUGGACUCAGCAAUGCUGCAGAUAACAGGAUGAACAUGUGUGUUUUCAAUUGCCAAACAACAGUCAGGCUUAUAAUAUCUCGGAACUUAAAGAUGAUCAACUCCAGCAACGUGAAAGAGGCGACGCCUGCCGAGAAGUUAUUUGGCAACAAUGAUGCAAUCAGUAGCGACUCUCCAUUCGCUCAGAAUCAUUUGUGCACAGGAUUUUGCAGAUAUAUGUUUCCAGAGCAGUUUCAGCCAGUGCAGGUGAACUUAGGUCCUCAGGAACUGAAUGCUGGAUUUGCGGGCCUGAACGCUGAUGAAAUAGAAAGCGUAGCAAGGGCACGAAAAUGGCGAGCUGCUGGGAAAGGGAAAGGCACCAGACGCAAGCGCAUACAGCCCAAACGGGGCAAGACUGGUGGGCUCUAAUAACCAGAGUUCAACUACGUGCUGAAAUACACUCUAACUAAAAUACUGUAAUCAACAUGAAACAUUAAUAAAAGACAAAUUGUUGA